UCACGUGUCCUUUCUCUCCUUUGCCUCCCCCCUCCCCAACUCUCCCCAUCUCUCUCCCUCACAUCAUGUUAGGCUCUUGUAUCCAUCACUGCAGAGCCAGGAUGGAGAAAUUUCCGUAUCUUUCCUGCCCGUUCCUGGCUCUUCACUGGUUUUGAUUUUGCCUCUGCAAAACAUUCUCGUCUCUCUUUCCUCUCCGCUCCUCUUCUGACCACCUUCCUCCCCUCAGCAACAAUUCCGAGGAGAAAAAGAAGGAAGGAAGAGAGGGAAGGACCAGGGAGCACCCCAGACUUUCAAUGCAAAGCAAAAGAAAAAGAAGAAAGGGCACUGAGACUUGUCUUCCUCGCAUGCUGUACCAAUUGGUGCCAGCCCUGAUUCCGAUUAUGAAGGCAUUAUGAGCUGCCCGCUACAGAACUGGGUGUUGUUGACAGCCUUCCUCUCUCUGCUGCUUUGUCAUUCAGGUUUUGUAAAAGCGGAUACGCAACCUGGUGAUUUGCGGAGGCGGGUCCCGAAUGCCAGCUGGCGCAAAAGAUGGGGUGUUUCGGAAAUCACCCACCCCACCAGGCUAGUGGGACAGAGUUCUGGGGGAGAGGUCCAAAACCAUCAGCUGGACACCAGGGUCAGAAAAGAGCCUGGCAGCAGUGGAGGAGCAGGAGGUGGCGGAAAAGGAGAAAGCCCUGUUAUACACCUGGCCCAGGUGAGUUUCCUUGUCCAUGCCUUUGGCUCAGCCUUCACCUUGGACCUUGAGUUGAACCACCACCUGCUGUCUUCACAUUACGUGGAACGCCAUUUUGGGGAAGAUGGAAACGGCAGCCACACCACGGGAGCCGGAGAGCACUGUUACUAUCAAGGCGGUCUCCGUGGGGAAGCAAACUCUUUUGCGGCUCUGUCCACCUGCCAUGGCCUCCACGGUGUUUUCUCCGACGGAAAGGCCACGUACCUUCUGGAGCCUCACAAUUCACCUGAGCACCAAGAGGGUCCACUCCCUCAUCUGAUCUACAAGACACCUGUACCUCGCACUGCUCAGGGUUGCACGGAACCAGGGUGUUUAUUUGCUGAACUGAACUACUACAUUCCAUCUGGGCUCCCUAAAUUGCGACGCCGGCGGCAGGUUCACCGAAGUCACCGGACUGUCCACAGCGAGACCAAAUUCAUUGAGCUCAUCGUCGUUAAUGACCACCAGCUGUUUGAGCAGCUGCGUCGCUCUGUACUCCUUACCAGCAACUUUGCAAAGUCUGUGGUGAACCUUGCUGAUGUGAUCUAUAAGGAGCAGUUGAACACAAGGAUUGUGUUGGUUGCCAUGGAGACAUGGGCAUCAGGGGACAAGAUCCAGGUAGAUGAAGAUUCCCUGGAGACACUGAGCGAAUUCAUGAAGUACCGCCAAGAUGCUCUUUCUGAGAACAGUGAUGCUGUACAUCUCUUCUCUGGACACACUUUCAGAAGCAGCCGCAGCGGUACGGCAUACGUCGGAGGGAUUUGCUCAGUCACUCGAGGUGGAGGUGUCAACGAGUAUGGCAACGUGGGAGCAAUGGCUGUAACGUUAGCACAGACCCUGGGGCAAAACAUUGGAAUGAUGUGGAACAAGCACCGUACCUCUGCAGGCGACUGUCGCUGUCCCGACUCAUGGCUGGGCUGUAUUAUGGAGGACACUGGAUUCUACCUGCCACGGAAGUUCUCACGCUGCAGCAUUGAUGAGUACAAUAAAUUCCUGGCUGAUGGUGGGGGGAGCUGUCUCUUUAACAAGCCACUGAAGCUCCUUGAUCCCCCUGAAUGUGGUAAUGGAUUUGUAGAGGCAGGAGAAGAAUGUGACUGUGGGUCUCUGGCGGAGUGCGCCAAAGGUGGUGGGAACUGCUGCAAGAAAUGCACAUUGACGCACGAUGCUAUGUGCAGUGAUGGCUUGUGCUGCCGAGGGUGCAAGUAUGAGCCGCGGGGUGUAACCUGCCGAGAUCCCGUGAAUGAGUGUGACAUCCCUGAAACCUGCACAGGUGACUCCAGUCAGUGCCCACCCAAUUUGCACAAGCAGGAUGGCUAUUUUUGUGACAAUGAACAGGGCCGGUGCUAUGGAGGGCGUUGUAAAACCAGGGACCGCCAGUGCAGUGCAUUGUGGGAUCGUGCUUCAGCUGAAAGGUUUUGCUAUGAGAAGCUGAAUGUUGAAGGCACUGAGCGAGGGAACUGCGGGCGCGAGGGGAACCGCUGGGUGCCCUGCAUCAAGCAAGACGUGUUGUGUGGAUACCUUCUCUGCGCCAACGUGACAGGUUCUCCGCGUAUGGGCGAACUUCUUGGUGAAAUCACCACCAUGACUUUCUAUCACCAGAAGCGUUAUGUUGACUGCAGGGGCGGCCACGUGCAGCUUGUGGAUGGCACGGAUGUGAGCUACGUGGAAGACGGGACGCCCUGUGGACCCAGCAUGCUGUGUCUUGACCACAAAUGCCUUCCUGUAUCCGCCUUUAACUUCAGCACCUGUCCAGGCAGCUGGGGUGGCCAGAUCUGCUUUGACCACGGGGUCUGCAGCAAUGAGGGCCAAUGUAUCUGCUAUCCUGACUGGACAGGAAAGGACUGCAGUGUCUAUGACCCCAUCCCAGAUCCAAAGCCCACAGGGGAGACAGAAAAGUACAAGGGUCCCAGCGGAACCAACAUCAUCAUUGGCUCCAUCGCUGGAGCAAUCCUGGUGGCGGCUAUCGUCUUGGGCGGCACCGGAUGGGGAUUUAAGAACAUUCGCAGAGGAAGGUCGGGAGGGGCUUAGCCCCAGCUCAUAACCCUGAUCUUUGUGCUGCUGCUCUGGGUCUGUAUACUCACCAUAGGGUGGGGAGGAAGGUAAAAACGCCCUCCUUUCCUCUUCCUGGUCAGCCGAUAACCAACAUCCCAAGCCACCAAGUCUUCCAUUGCCUCCUGGACGGACAUGGGCAGGAGAAGCGCCCUCCUUUAGAGGGGCAACGUGCACUCCACUGCCUCGCACUGUGGGAGCAGCUCCCCACGGAUGACCCUUGCCGAGGGCACCAUGUCACGACUUCUCGCGACCUUUCCUGGGGCAAAGGGCCAGAAAAGGGAUGCUACUUCACAGGUCUACAAGUGUGCCUCACUUUGCUAAUCCCACCAAGGAAUGUACCAUGUUGGAUCCACCAAAAAGCCACGCAACACAGGGGCACAGCAACGCUCCUCUCCUCAGCUAGUUCUGUGCCUGGAAGACGCACUGCUCCCUUUCCAGUGGAGCGGAAAUCGAGCAUUUGGGGUGUGUGAGGACAGUUGGGCAAGGAUCAAGGCUCCUAAAACUUCAAAGACAGCGCAGUGAGGAAGACGAGGAGCAAAGGUGGCAUCGCAAACGAAGAGCACAACCAUGGAGGGAGCUCGCUCUGUGCUGCGCUCACCUUGGAACCCUGCCAUCUCCCAGCACACUUUCCGGCUCGUGGGCACCUCGGACUGUGAUUUCCUUUGCACAUGAGUUGUGUGUAUAUGUAUAUAUAUCUAUGAUCUGCUCUGCCUCCCUCAGGGUGGGCAGCCUUGUCUGUAUAUCGUGAUGUGCCCAAAGAUUAACUAAAAUGCCGCUUCGGGGCAUUCAUGUAGAUACACAUUACACGUUCACUGCACACGCUGAAUGUUGAAGGCUGGGCAAGUGGGUUGGCUUCCAAACCCAUCGAUGGGACAAUUCUGGGACUUCCGCUCAGGCAGAUGCUAACAGCUGGAUGCAAGGCCUUCUCCUUUUGUGUACCCCGCUACGCUGCGCACAUACCUGCCAAUGUUUGCUAAGUUUGAAAGAGUGCAAUCUACUCUUGCUCCUGACCUUUAGAAAAUCUGGCCGGUAAUAAAAGCAGGGCCAAUAUUUUAAGAUUUGAAUUCCUGCAGAAUUCUGUUAAUCCUAAUGUAUACUACGAGGAAAAAACACUAAAAUGCAUCCAACUGCCAUAUCUUAAGACUGAAAAGUAAAGUCUUUCUUUUUGUUCAA